AUGACUAAUCAUUUGUUGUUGGAGUCAUUGCAGAAGGGCGCUCCAAUUAGGCCAACUGCGCCCAAUCGGAGAAUUCCACCUCGCCUUUCAACAAUCAGUCAGAGGGCAUUUGCAAGUCACCCAAGGGCUCAUUUGCUCGGGUCAGUACUACAAAAGGGUCCUAUUCCUCCACCUGGGCCUAAUCCAAAAAUUCCACCUCGCCUUUCAACAAUCAGUCAGAGGGCAUUUGCAAGUCACCCAAGCGCUCAUUUGCUCGGGUCAAUACUAAAAAAGGGUCCUAUUCCUCCACCUGGGCCCAAUCCAAAAAUUCCACCUCGCCUUUCAACAAUCAGUCAGAGGGCAUUUGCAAGUCACCCAAUGGCUCAUUUGCUUGGGUCAAUACUACAAAAGGGUUCUAUUCCUCCACCUGGGCCUAAUCCAGAAAUUCCAAGUCGCCUUUCAACAAUCAGCCAAAGGGCCUUUAAGAGUCUUUCCAUGGCUAAUCAUUUGUUGUUGGAGUCAUUGCAGAAGGGCGUUCCAAUUAGUCCAUCUGCUCCAAAUCCGGUAAUUCCACCUCGCCUUUCAACAAUUAGUCAAAGGGCAUUCACAAGUCACCCAAGGGCUCAUUUGCUAGGGACAGUACUACAAAAGGGUCAUAUUCCUCCUUCUGCACCCAAUCCAAAAUUCCCACGUCACAUUUCAACAAUCAGCCAAAACAAAAACUAG